AUGUUCGAUCCUGUUCAUUCUUUGCAAAAUCCGAGAAGAAAUCCUCUCAACAAUGAUGAAGAUGAAGACGAUGAGAUGGAAAAUCAGGAGGUACAUCCGUAUGGAGAUAUAGGUGGAGAAGAGGAAGAAGAGGACGGAUCUUCUGCUUUUCAUGAUAUUUUCAGCAACGAUCCAGACUUUGAAAAGGUAACACCAAAAUCGCGCAUUGCCAACCCUUUUACCUCAUCGGUUGCAAAGAUUGCCAAACAAAAAGUGCUGAUGAUGAUGGAAAAGAUGGGCUAUAAAGUAGGAGAGGGUUUGGGUAAGACUAAUCAGGGAAAUGUGAGCGCCGUAGAGCCUCAACAACAACAAGGAAGAGCAGGAUUGGGCAGUGCUUCAACGCAACAUUAUUCAUCCAAUCUGCCUGAACAUUUUACUAUUCAAACUCAUGACCCCGAUUUAACUGAUUAUCCAUUCAAGGAAGAUGCUUCAUGGUUGAGUUGCUCGGAACCUUUAUCUGAUGGUGCACCAGAAUUUUCAAUUGUCAGGCCCGAUAAUACAACAUUGGAUUUAUCUGUGUCAAUGAGUAGCAAUGGACAAAAGUAUGUCGAAGGUAACCUGUCUCCAUUUGUUAAUGUUCAACAGGUUCAACAAAUCUUUGAUUUAAAAUCCCAAUUUGAUUCUGUUGAUGAUAAGAUAUUCACUGACGCUAGAUAUAGGUCAAAUCCCUAUGAAAGAAUUGGAAGGUCAAUUUUUCAAAACAGAGCAGCAAUUAAAUUGGCCAAUAUUGACCGAAUUUCUGAUUUAACAAGCUUCGAAGGACUUCCUAGACUACCUGAAGAAAACGGUAUUUUAUAUUUUGCUGAUAUUUGCGCCGGCCCUGGAGGAUUCACAGAAUAUCUAUAUUAUAGAUUCAAGACUGAAAAAGCUAAAGGAUGGGGUUUUACAUUGAAAAAUAAGAAAGAUGAUUGGAAAUUGAAUAGAUUCAACUCAGAAUCACCACAUGACAAUUUUGAAGUUUAUUACGGCGAAGAUGGAACAGGAGACAUGACGAAGAAUGAAAACAUUCGCGCCUUGAGCAAAGUGAUUGAUCAAGGACAAAUGGAAGAGGUGUGGCUCUUGUCACUGCCGAUGGUGGAUUUUCUGUUCAUGGGGUGGAAAACUCACAAGAAUAUCUCACUCAUCAGCUUGUACUUUGUCAAGUUUUGA